AUGGCCGAGCAAGAGAGUCUAGAGUUUGGCAAAGCUGACUUUGUCCUCUUGGACCAGGUGACCAUGGAAGACUUCCUGGAGAACCUGGAGCUCAGGUUCGAGAAAGGACGCAUCUACACCUACAUCGGCGAAGUGGUGGUCUCCGUGAAUCCGUACAAACCCCUCUCGCUCUACGGGAAGGAGAUGAUCGAACAUUACCGGGGCCGGGAACUCUACGAGAGGCCGCCUCACCUUUACGCCGUGGCCGACGCGGCCUACAAAGCCAUGAAGAGGCGGGCCAUGGACACCUGCAUUGUCAUCUCAGGAGAAAGCGGGGCCGGGAAAACGGAAGCCAGCAAGUAUAUCAUGCAGUACAUCGCUGCCAUCACCAAUCCGAGCCAGAGGGCUGAAGUGGAAAGAGUCAAAAACGUCCUGCUCAAGUCCAACGGCGUGCUGGAGGCCUUCGGCAACGCAAAGACGAGCCGCAACGACAACUCCAGCCGUUUCGGCAAAUACAUGGACAUCAAUUUUGACUUCAAGGGGGAUCCCACCGGAGGACACAUCAGCAACUACUUGUUGGAAAAGUCGCGGGUCCUCAAACAGCAACCUGGAGAGAGAAACUUCCAUGCGUUCUAUCAGUUACUUCUUGGUGCCUCGGACGCUAAGCUGAAAUCUCUCCACCUGGUUGGAGACACAACAGCCUACAGGUUUACCAAGGAGGGUGGUAGUAAUAACAGGUCUUUGGACAGUGAGAAAACCACCUAUCAAUCCGUCCUGGAUGCCAUGAAAGUGAUCGGUUUUAUUUCUGAAGAGAUCGAUUCCGUGCAGAAGAUCCUGGCAGCCAUUUUACACUUGGGCAACGUGAAUUUCACCUGCUCCGGCGACGAGGUGGCCGUCGAGGAUCCACAAACGGUCUCCUACCUUGCGGAGUUGACUUCCACCGAGAGGGAGAGCCUCCUCAACACGCUCCUAUACCGGACAGUGGCUACGGGUGGUGGCGAGGUGAUCCAAAAAGGCCACAGUCACAAUGAGGCCAACUACGCACGGGAUGCCUGCGCCAAGGCUAUUUACGAGCGGCUGUUUUGUUGGAUCGUGAACCGCAUCAACGCCACCAUCGAGGUCAAGAACUACGACCCGCGAAUCCACGGCAAAAAUACGGUCAUCGGUGUCUUGGACAUUUACGGCUUUGAGAUUUUCGGCAACAACAGCUUCGAGCAGUUCUGCAUCAACUACUGCAACGAGAAGCUGCAGCAGCUGUUCAUCGAACUGAUCCUCCAGCAGGAACAGCAGGAAUACCAGCGUGAGGGGAUUGAAUGGCAGCACAUUGAAUAUUUCGACAAUCAAAUCAUCGUCGAUCUGGUAGAAGAGCCGCACAAGGGUAUUAUUGCAAUACUGGACGAAGCUUGCUUGACCGUGGGGAAAAUCACCGAUGCCCUUUUCUUGGAGAGCAUGGAUGCCAGGCUUGGCAAACACCCCCAUUAUACCAGCAGGAAGCUCAAUUCCGCCGACAAAUCCAUGGAGUACGGACGGGAUUUCCGGAUCAAGCAUUACGCAGGAGACGUUACGUAUUCCGUGGAAGGAUUUCUGGAUAAGAACAAGGAUUUCUUGUUCCAGGAUUUCAAGCGACUGCUGUUCAACAGCGCAGACCCCGUCCUUCAGGAGAUGUGGCCGGAAGGCAAGCAGAGCAUCAUGGAAGUCACCAAGCGCCCGCUGACGGCGGCCACCCUCUUCAAGAACUCCAUCGUGGCCUUGGUGGACAACCUAGCUUCCAAGGAGCCCUACUACGUCCGUUGCAUCAAGCCCAACGAUCACAAGUCCCCGUUGCUGUUUGACGAGGAGCGUUGCCGUCACCAAGUGUCGUAUCUGGGCUUGCUGGAGAACGUGCGGGUCCGAAGGGCCGGCUUUGCCUACCGCCAACCGUACCACCGUUUCUUGCUCCGGUACAAAAUGACGUGCGAAUACACCUGGCCUAACCACCUCAUGGCCUCGGACGGCGCGGCCACCCAAGCCCUGAUGGAGCAACACGGCUUCCAAGACGACGUGGCGUACGGGCAAACCAAGAUCUUCAUAAGGACGCCGCGCACCUUGUUCGCCCUGGAGCAGGAGCGGGCCAACCUGAUCCCCAUCAUUGUGUUGUUGUUGCAGAAGGUCUGGAGAGGAGCCCUCGCCCGCAAGCGGUGCCGGUACCUGCGCGCCAUCUACACAAUCAUGUCCUACUACAAGCGUCACAAAGUGAGGUCCUACCUGCUAGACCUGGUAGAACGUUUUCAAGGGGUGCGCAACAUGGCCGACUACGGCAAAAGUGUGGUGUGGCCCGAGCCUCCCGCUGUGCUGGCCCAGUUCCAGGAGACCAGCAAAGUCAUCUUUUGCAG